CCGAUGGCAACGACGAAGCACACCGACGAUCCAUUGGCCUCCACGGUGUACGAGAGCCCGCGCUUCUACGUGGCGUUCCUCGGCCUCGGCCUUGGUUCGUGGGUCAUGUCCGAUUUUGUCUUUGCAGAGGUUGCCGCGCUCGUCCAGCACACGCCAGAAGGACCGGCGAUUGGCGUCUACGUGAUUGCUGCGCUGCAAUCGGCCAACGUUUUCCCAAUGCUGUACAUGCUCUUCAACAGCUCACAGCAGCGCGUCUCGAUCCCAACCAUGAUUUGGUUACUGCUUGCCUUUGGUGUGAUGGCCUGUCUACUCUUGGCAACGACGUGGCACAUGACGUCAAGUCUCUUUGGCGAACCCCGUAGCUCGGCGUUGCUCUUCUUUGUGUUUUGUGGCGGCAUUGUCAGCGCCACGUCGAGCGUCGUCUUUUACCCGUUCGUAUCUAUGUACCCCGCCAUCUCGACAAGUGCCUUGGCGACGGGCGAAAGCCUCGGCGCUGUUAUCGCUGGCUUUCUCGCGCUCGCGCAAGAUGUGGGCAGCCCCGAGAUGUAUUUUUCGAUCGGCUCCUACUUUGCAUGCGCAGCUGUGGUGUUUGUGGUGUCGAUGGCGGCCUUUGGCUACCUGCGAACGCACGGGCGUCCUGCACCGGAGCUCUCAAAUGAGCGCGCGUGGCUGCUAGAUCCGACGCAAUCGUAUACGUGUCAAGAAGACUGGCACGUCGUUCGCGUCAUUGGCAAGCCGCUCGCAUGUCAAUUCGCUCUGGCUUGCUUUAGCUUUGCGGUCGUUCCCUCGGUGUUGCCAAUCGUCGGCUCCAAGUACAUGCACAGUGGAGUUGUGCUGAAAUGGGCCUCAGUCCUCGGCAUGCUCUGUGACCCCCUCGCCCGAUUCCUCACCACGUUUUACCAUGCGCGUCGGGUCGGCCUCCUCACGCUACUGGCGCUGGCGACUGGCCUCUGCAUGGCCAUCCAAGCUUCCAGUCGUGUGCCGCUCUGGAGCCAUACGUCCAAUGGAGGCAUCGUCGUGGUUCUCUUGCACUGCACGUACAUGUCGUUGGCAGGGUACACGCAAACGUGCUUGUACCAAGUCCUUCAAGAAAUGAAUGUUGAGAACGUCAAGGUAGCGUACCAGUGGUCGGGAUUUGUGACACAAAUGGGCGCACUCUCGGGCACAGUCGUUACAUUUGGCCUUGUGGCGUUCACAAAUGUCUUUUCGACGGCGUGA